AUGCGCCUUCUACCAUUCUUGGCGUUGGCGCAAGCCGCGCUCGCAGUGCCGUUUGAGCUACACCACGACGACCUCCAACACCGCGGCAUGCAGCACGCAGACAUCUUGGCGGCCAGAAAACUCCCCGACGCAUCAACUUUCCGCAAACAAGCCAGCACUGAAAACCGAAACUAUUGCAUCAUUGUGCCGGAUAAGAAUGGCGGAGAUGACGCACCCCAAAUCAUGGAGGCGUUGAACAAGAAGUGUCGUUCAGGCAGUCUCGUCUUCAUGCCUGGGCCAACGUACAAUAUCAAGACCAACAUGACGACGGUGGAUAUGUCAAACGUCAAAAUCUUUUUGUUUGGCCGCAUGCUCUGGAGCACUGAUAUCGACUACUGGCGCUCUGUUUCCAUGCCCAUUGGCUUCCAGAACCAGAGUACAGUGUGGUACUUUGGCGGUGAUCGCGUCACCUGGGACGGGUACAAUACCGGCACGCUUGACGGCAACGGUCAAGUGUGGUAUGAUUGGGCAAGGUCCCAGGGAAAUCUUCCGCGACGACCUAUGAACAUCAACUUCAAGAAGUUGACCAACUCUGUGAUCAAGAACUUGCGCUUUGUGCAGAGCCAGAUGUGGACCAUGGCGAUUACAUACUCCAAAGGCGUGGAACUCAACGACAUUUACGUGAAUAACACGUCUACCAGCCAGUGGAGUACGCUCAAUACAGAUGGCUGCGACACCGUGUACUCGGACAGCAUUACCUUUCGGCGGUGGUUCAUCACGAAUGGUGAUGAUGCGAUUGCGCUCAAGGGCAACUCGAGCAAUAUAUCCAUCUUCGACAGCGAGUUCCGCGACGGUCAGGGCGUGGCGAUCGGUUCGAUGGGGCAGUAUAACGGUAGAUUCGAGUAUAUUACCAAUUUCUACGCCAAGAACAUCACGCUCGUGAAUACCGCGCACGUUUCCUACCUCAAGACCUGGGCGGGCGUCUCGAGGGGAUAUCCACCGAAUGGAGGAGGCGGCGGCGUUGGACACGCUACGAACAUUGUCAUGGAGGAUAUCAAGAUUAGCAAGUUGCGCCAGCAGCCGUUUUUUGCGUGGCAGUGCGAGAAUUACUCGGGCUGGGCGGGCAAGGACUGCAACUCGUCCAAGUUUAAGCUGGAGCAGGUGCGGUGGAAGAAUGUAAAGGGCACGGUGACGAAGGAUGUUAAAGAUAUAGGGUGGUUUCAGUGUAGUGCUGGUGCGGGAGGUUGUGAUGAUGUUGAGGUGGCGGAUGUUGAUGUUUCGGUGGUGGGUGGUGGGAAGUUGGAUAAAUGGCAUUGCGAGAAUGUUAAUCGCAAUAAGGGGUUUACGUGUAACGAUCCUCCGAAAAAGUAG